AUGGCGACCCGUAGGUCUGCGCGAUUGAGCGCCAUGUCGACAAACUCAGACUCCAAAUCAGUUCCGUCUGCCCUAGUACCUAAGGGCCGUAAGAGGAAACCAACCUCAGAUCCACCACAAGAGCAUGGUUCGAACGAGACCGUAGAUGAAAACACAAUAGCAACGGCACCCACAACUCCCAAGAAGCGUCGUGUUCAAAAGAAAUCCGUUGAUCCCCCACCCGCAACGCCUACUCCGAGUAACGUGCGGCUCAUGAGCAAGCCGGCCGAGACGUUGGAGACACCAAAACCGAAAGCAGCAGCUGUAAGGCGACUAGCAGAUCCAAACGCCACUAAUGCGACGCUUCUCUCGCCGGAGACAUCUCGAGUCGUGACUAGGCACAUAUCUCCGUCUAAGGCGUCAGCUAGUCAGGUAACGACGACCAAUCUCCUCGAAGAGGCAUGCAAGUACCUCAUCAGCGUCGACGAGCGGAUGAAACCCCUAAUUGAGAAGCAUCACUGUCGAAUUUUCUCGGAGGAGGGGUUGAAUGAGAAGAUCGACCCCUUCGAGUCUCUAUGCAGUGGCAUUAUUUCGCAACAAGUUUCAGGGGCAGCGGCCAAGGCAAUCAAGCAACGGUUUAUUGACCUGUUUGACAACGGCGGUAGAUUCCCGCACCCGUCCCAGGUUGCGGCCUGUACCAUUGAGCGGCUGCGUACAGCGGGUCUUUCACAACGGAAGGCCGAGUACGUGCAAGGACUGGCAGAGAAGUUCGUUAACGGCGGUCUGAGCGCUCAAAUCCUACUAGAUGCCCCGUACGACGUUGUGUUAGAGAAAUUAACUGCGGUGAGAGGGCUUGGCCGUUGGUCCGUCGAGAUGUUCGCUUGUUUCGGACUGAAGAGGUUAGAUGUCUUCUCUUUGGGCGACCUAGGGGUACAGAGAGGCAUGGCUGCGUUUGUCGGACGCGAUGUGGCCAAAUUGAAAAAUAAGGGCGGGAAAUGGAAGUAUAUGUCAGAAAAGGAGAUGCAAGAAAUAUCUGAAAAGUUUGCUCCAUAUAGGAGUGUCUUCAUGUGGUAUAUGUGGAGAGUCGAGGAGACGGACAUAAGUACAUUAGAAUAA